ACCAGGGUCAUCCAGCGCGUACAGCAGACAGGCAUCGGAUCCUUCCCCUCUCCUGGGUCACCCUCUGUUUCCAGUCUUGUAUUUAUGAGAACACAGCCUACCUUCCCCCAACGUUUUGUUUGCUGGAACACAAUUUGUGGCACAGGUUGGAGAAGGCUGGCAUAGGCUGGGUAGGAUGUGUCUUCCUUGACCAAGCAGCUUCUUCAUAUAAUCUUACAGGCCACCCUUCGCCCCAAUGGCCCCCAAGAAGAAGAGCUCCAAAAAGAACAAGCUGGUGAAGAGAGACACUCCUAUUAAUGUCACCCUAGCAGAAGAUCCUUCUCUUGACAUUGACCACCAUCAUCAACUGGACAGUUUGUUUGAAAAUGGCUCAGAUGGUUUCCUCUGCACUGCCACGGAAGUCACAAAUCCAAACCAUGGAACCAACAUGCUGAUGGAGAUGAGUUCUAUGCAGCAAGAGCAUUGUCUUUGCGAUCUCACAAUUGCUACCAAAACCAAAUCGUUCAGAGUUCAUAAACUGGUUAUGUCCUCCUGUAGUGAAUAUUUCAAAAACCAGCUGAAAAAGAACCCCAACCUUCAGCAAGUGGACCUCAAUGACAUUUCUUCCUUGGGCUUGGCCACUGUCAUCUCAUAUGCAUACUCUGGAACGUUGAGUCUUUCCCUGUACACCAUUGGCAGUACCAUUUCCACCGCCAGCCACCUGCAGAUGUCUGCACUGCUCAGUAUGUGCUCAGAUUUCCUCAUCCGGGAGAUGAAUGUGGAAAACUGGAUGUAUAUUGCCAAUAUGGCAGACACAUACAAUCUCAGUCAGGCUAAAGAGGCUGCCAGGAAAUUUAUCCGGGAACAUUUCCUAGAGUUCUCUGAUACUGAGCAGUUUUUGAAACUUACCUUUGAACAUUUGAAUGAAUUGCUGAUGGAUGACAGUCUGGAGUUCCCUAGCGAAGUGGUGGUCUUCCAGAUUGCCAUGAAAUGGCUUGAAUUUGAUGCCAAGAGAAUCAACUAUGCAGCAGACCUCCUGAACAAUGUGCGGUUUGGCACCAUCCCGGCUCAUGACUUGAUCAAUUAUGUCCAAUCUGUUCCAUGUAUGAUGCAGAACCCAGAAUGUCACAAACUUCUGGUAGAUGCUAUGAAUUACCACUUGCUUCCUUAUCAGCAAAAUGAACUUCAGUCCAGAAGAACCAAAAUUCGAGGGAGCCAGAAAGUGCUGCUUAUGGUUGGGGGGCGGCCGUGUUCUGCAGAGAAAGCCCUCAGCAAAGACGUGAGCUACAGAGAUCAAGAAGGGAACUGGAAUAAGCUGACAGAGAUGCCCACCAAAUGUUUCAACCAAUGUGUUGCCGUCAUGGACAGCUUCCUCUAUGUGGCAGGAGGUGAAGAUCAAAAUGAUGCCCGGAACCAGGCAAAACACGCAAUUAGCAAUUUAUGCAGGUAUGAUCCACGAUUUGGCACUUGGCUGCACUUGGCUAGUAUGGCCCACAAAAGGACUCACUUCAGCCUCAGUGCCUUCAAUGGGCACCUCUAUGCCAUCGGAGGCCGCAACGCAAAAGGCACCUUGGUCUCUAUUGAAUGCUACGUCCCUUCGGCCAACAGCUGGCAAGCCAAAGCCAACAUGGAGCUGCCACGCUGCUGCCACGCCAGCGUGGUCACCGACGGGAAGAUCCUGGUGACUGGGGGCUAUGUGAACAACGCCUACUCCCGGACCGUCUGCAGCUAUGACCCUGCCCUGGAUUCUUGGCGGGACUGUACCUGGCUGAGCAGCCCUCGAGGUUGGCACUGUGCUGCCACGUUGGCUGACCGGGCCUAUGUCCUGGGGGGCAGCCAGCUGGGCCCCCGCGGGGAGAGGGUUGACGUCAUUCCAGUGGAGUGCUAUAACCCCUCCACCAACCAGUGGAGUUUCAUGGCCUCCUUGACCACUGGCCUGAGCAUGGCAGGGGUGGCCACUCACAAUGGGCAGAUCCUCCUCAUUGGAGGGUGGAAUGAAAGCGGGAAGAAAUACCAGAAGGUGAUUCAUGCCUUCAACCCUGAUCUGAAUGAAUGGACCGAGGAAGGGGAGCUUUUGGAAGGUACCGUGGGGGUGUCCUGCUGUACCAUUGCUCUUCCUCACUCGAACACCCGGGGCUCUAGAGCUAGUUCGGUGGCCUCGGCAUCCGUUAGCAUGUAAAAGGAGCUGGCUGAGAUGGCAAAAUGGGUCCUGGUGGCUUGCUGAAUCAGGAGCUUCACAGGAAAGGUGAAAGAUCCAUUGAGUUUGCUGAAGAGAGGUGUCACUGCACAAGCUGCUGUGGGUUAUGGGUUCAUGUCCCAGUAAUAACACAUUUCUGAUUUACCUGUGGACCUUUUCACAACUCCUUUGGGGAACUGAAAACUGAAACAUGUCCAGACGUGACUCAUCCGAUGUGAAUGUACUUCACUUCUGCAAGCAACAUCCCUGUCUCAUAAGAGCUUAAUCUGAAAUCUUCUCCCCUCCUCCCCAAGAUUGCCUCUACUUUUAAAGGUUCGGGUAGCCUUUGGGGCCUCUUUUCAAUGAAUUUUGUGGCUGGCCUCUUGGAUACCUCAGCCCUUAAUUAAAGGCAAGCUACACUGUGUUUCUUUUGAAGUCCUCUAGCCCAUUUUUAAAGAAUGAUCAGCUCAUCUGGGCAAUGCUGCUAUUCUGUGAAAAAUUUACCAGCUUGCCCCUUCGUGCAUGUUCACACAACUUACUUAGCCGCUCUGAACAGUUAACAAGAAUUCACGCCAUCAUUUGCUUCCCUGGGCCACUGACGUGUUUUUAGCUAAACCUUUUAUCCAAACUCAGAGCUGCUAUCAUUCUGUAGCAGGAACCAGAAUUUCAGACCUAAGAUGAGUCGUAUCUUUAUUCACCCAAUGUCCUUAAACGGACCAAGCCAUGACCUUGCAAAUACUAAGAAUGGUGAGGGUUACAGUAGCCUGGUUAACUUCCUGUGGUUUAGCUCAUUUGGCUAUUUUAUGGUUCAAUGCCUCUGUCAUGUUAACUAGAAAUGGCUGCUAUUCUGGGUAAGGUGUCGAGUAAACCACAAACCGCAGUAGAGGCAAAGAGAAGAGAGAUGUCAUUAACCAAGCAGAGAAGUUUGAUGUCACGUGAAUACUUCCAACCUCCAGUCCUACUUCUGUACGUGACUAAAUUAGGGAGGGAGAAUCCAUUACUUCUACUUGUUGCUGAACUACAGAUCCCAGCAGCCCCAGCCACAUGGCCACUGAGACA